UCAGCCGGAUACCUGAUUUAUACUAAUCCCAGUGAAAUUCGUAUCGUUGACACAAAUGGGAAAGGUGAUCGAUUGCUAAUUUCAGGAUUACAUUACGCAGUUGCCAUUGAUUACCACCUCAAGAAGAAAGCUGUCUAUUGGACAGACUCCAAAACCGGCCGUAUAAGCCAUUUUAAUUACAAGGACAUGUCAGCUUUGAAAAAUAAUGCCCAUUAUACUGCGUUAGAGGCUAAAGUUGUGCCUAACCUCCAAUUUGAUUCGCUGGCUGGAAUAGCUGUUGAUUGGAUCAACGAUAAACUUUAUUUUAUCGACGAUGAUAACCACCGAAUUUAUGUUAGUAAUCUAGAUGGAACAAAUGCGAAAGCCUUAUUCACUGAAGGGAUUGCCUAUCCAAGAGCUAUUGCCGUCGAUCCUCUUCAAGGGUAUAUUUAUUGGACUGAGUGGGGCGAUAAGAAUAAAAUCGUUCGCGCAGCCAUGGACGGUUCAGCAAAGCAAAUUAUUCGAAGUGACAAUAUGUACUGGCCCAAUGGUUUGUCCAUCGAUUAUUUAACUGAAAAGCUUUUCUUCACCGAUGGCUAUACCAAAGCAAUCUAUCGUUUAGAUUUGAAUGGUAGUAAUUUUGUCAGCAUAAAAUCGAACUUACAACAUCCACAUGACAUCACCGUUCAUGGUAAACGAUUAUUUUGGACGGAUUGGGAAGCAUUUGCAAUACAAUCAUGCCAUAAAACGAGUGGUAAAGAAGGUCGUAAAAUUAUAACUGGUAAUAAGACUCCCUUGGGAAUUAAAAGUCUAGCGCCGAAGCAUCAACCCAGAGCCCAUAAUCCAUGUGGCCAUAAUAACGGAAACUGUAGCCAUUUAUGCUUAAUAUCCCCAUCUCAAGGAAAUAAUAGCCAAUCGACAGGUUAUACGUGUGCUUGUCCAACUGGUGUCAGCUUUAAAUCGGGAAAAGUUUGUCAUUCAGGUCCAAUUAACUUUUUACUGAUUACAAGGCGCAGUGAUUUACGCUGGAUGUCGUUGGAUGCACCACAAUUUAUCGAUGUUAGAAUCAAUAUUCAAGAUAUCAAGCAUGCUUUCGACGUAACUUACGAUCCAGUCGAUCAUUAUAUUUAUUGGGCUGACAACAUCAUUCAGGCCAUACUACGAGCAAAAUUAGAUGGUAGUGGAGCAUCAGUUAUUAUACCAAAUAUUCAGUCACCGGAAGGACUAGCUAUAGACUGGAUAGCUCGUACAAUUUAUUGGACUGACAAGAUUGAAAAGAAAAUUGAAGUAGCUACGUUAAAUGGAACUCAACGUAAAACUAUCAUUAAGACCGAUUUGGAUACGCCAAGAGCCAUUGCUAUCGAUCCAUUUCGAGGAUACAUAUUUUGGAGUGAUUGGGGAAAAGUACCAAAGAUCGAGAGAGCUUAUUUGGAUGGUUCUGAUCGAAAAGUAAUCGUCAAUGAUUCCAUCGUUUGGCCAAAUGGCAUCGCGAUCGAUUACGACAAGCAAAUACUCUACUGGGCUGAUGCUGACCGUGAUACCAUUGAAAUUUCUGAUUUAAACGGUCAUGGAAGGAAGACAUUGGUCAAAAACAAUCUCUUUCAUGUUUUUGGUUUGACUUUGCAAGGUGAUUACAUUUACUAUUCAGAUUGGAUUAAGCGAAAAGUGGAAAGAAUCCAUAAGAGUAAUCCAACCACCCCUGAAGUGGUCUACCAUCGGUCAGAUUUAAUGGGAUUAGCUGCUGUCGAUUUAGCAUUUUACCAACGAGCAGGCGCCGGAAAUAAUACCUGUGCUCAUAAAAAUGGCGGAUGUAGUCACUAUUGCUUUUUUAGAGGCAGUGGCCAUAUUUGUUCUUGUCCUUUCGGCUAUGAAUUACAGGAAGAUGAAAAAACUUGCUUCGUUCCGAACGCUUUCUUUCUAUUGCUAACAAGCAAGCAGUUAUACCGUCUAUCACUAAAUGAUCGAUAUGAUAUCAAGAAAUUGCCUAUUAAUGGUAUUCAAGGUGGUAGUGGACUAUCGUUUGAUAGUCGAACAGAAGAAGUCUAUUGGAGUGAUAUUGAAUUGAAGCAAAUUUCAUCAUCGUACUUAAAUGGAACGAAUAGAAACGUUAUUAUUGAAUUUGAUCUAGCUAGUCCAAAUUCGAUCGCUUUCGAUUGGACUACCAAAUAUAUAUACUGGACAGAUAACAUUCUUAAUCGAAUUGAAGUUACCAAGUCUGAUGGAACAGCUCGUAAAAUUUUGAUUUGGCAAGACUUGUACAAGCCCAGCUAUCUUGUGAUACAUCCGAAGGAGGGAUUAUUAUUUUGGGUCAAUCAUAAUUCUAAUGUACUUGAUGGGGCUAAAAUAGAAAGAUCUACUUUAGCUGGAACAGAGCGGAAGACAAUCGUAGAAGUAGCAGGCAUUCCAGUCAGUUUAGAAAUCGAUUUCGAUAAUGAUCGCAUCUUUUGGAUUGAUUCUACCAGAAAACGUAUCUAUUCUGCAUCACUCCUUGGUACCAAUCUGGAAAUGAUUCCCGAAUUCAUGUCUAGCUCUAACUUUUUAUCAAUCUACGAGGAUAAAUUAUAUUGGAUUGACAGCAAAGAAAGCCACAUUAUGAAAGCAAAUAAAACUAAUUUUCAAAGGGAGCAUGUGCACGAUUUACGGAAUUUUGACGAUCAUCCCAACAACUUAUUGGUAUAUCAUAAAAAUCGCCAAAAACAUGGUAGCGCUUGCGAUAAACCUCGUAACCCUUGUAGGGAACUAUGCCUCUCAAUCUCGAGUAAAGAUGCAGUAUGUGAAUGCUCUACUCAUCUGGUGGCGAAAGGUGGUAAAUGUACAGAACCCAAUGCAUAUCUGCUGUUUGCUCAGCAAGAGACAAUUAGCAAAGCCGAUUUAGAUGGCAAAAGCAAUCCUCACACGUUAUUACCAAUUCAAGAUAUGCAUCAUCAAAUUCAUUCCAUUACCUAUGAUGAAGUGCAAAAAUAUUACUAUUGGAUUGAUAAAAAUGAUCAGGGCCAUUCAGUUAUUAAUCGAGCUGCUAAAUCAACAUCAGAGCUUGUAGAAUACCAAGAAGUGGUUAAUGAAAAGAAACAAGAUAUUUAUGAUAUAGCGUUAGAUUCAGUUAAUCGCUAUCUCUUUUGGUCAUCAGAGAACUUACACAGUAUUCAGGUUGCUAAAAUAGGCGAAUGGAAAAGUUAUUAUGCUGUAAUAGGGUAUCAGUAUGCUCCAAGAUCAAUUGCGAUUGAUCCCUAUAAAAGCCAUAUCUACUGGAUUCAUGCUGGCUCAGCAGAUUCACCAAAGAUUUAUCGUUGCAACUACGAUGCGACCUAUUCCGCUAUUCUUAUCGAAAACGAAUUGUAUCAGCCAACAUCACUAACAAUCGAUAUUUCAAAUUCCUCCAAUCGGCUUUAUUGGAUUGAUCUUGGAACUAGAACUAUCUCAUCUGCUCGUUCUGAUGGCACGAACCGACAUGAUCUAGAUUUCAACGUUAAAAGCCCAAUCAACCCAUAUUCGGUGGCUAUUUAUUCCAAGUAUAUUUAUUGGGCUGAUCUUCAAGAUAGUGCCAUUUAUAGAAGCUAUAAAUUACCCAAGAGCCCGCUUUAUGCAGUACCUCAACUUGUUUUUAAUCGCUUGAGUGAUCUAACUGGGAUUAAUGUAGUCAACAAUUUUAAUAUGAAGGCUUGCUCAAAUCAUAACUGCACCCAUUUGUGCAUAGUAGAUUCUUAUCAAAAAUCAACUUUUCGUUGUUCUUGUCCAUUUGGCUAUCGUAUUCUCAAUGAUAGUCGAACAUGUCAAGAAAUUAAAGAAUGUGGGAAAGGGGAAUUUAAAUGCCGAUCACCUAGCAUCUCUACCUGUAUUAAUGAAAAAUCAAGAUGCGAUAAUAUAAUCAAUUGUAUUGAUAAUUCAGAUGAAAUUAAUUGUCCGAAAUGUUCACCAUUCCAAUUUCAUUGCAAAAACGAUAAAUGUAUACCAUGGCAUAAAAAAUGUGACGGCAUUAAUGACUGUGAUGAUAAUUCCGAUGAGUUUAGCUGCGGUAGGUGGACAUCUAUUACGAUUUCUUUAUUAAUUACAGUUGCUAAAAUGCUUGCGCUAAUUUUUGGAUAUUCAUAA